AUGCCCUCUGUUAUAGAAGACGCCACAAUGAAGGCUCCACUGCCGACUGUCAAGGAGCCCGGACUGAACGGUAUUUUCGCUGCAAGCGAAGUCAAUGGUUCAGACCGUCAGACUUCAAUCACAGUUGAGAACGUCAGGCCACCGGUUGAGCAUGAUCAUAGUUACUGGUGGACGCGCUGCGCGCCACUCCUUGCGACCCUCCUUGACAACUCUGGUUCCUAUACCCCAGAGCAGAAGUCCAAGCACCUUCGCAUCUUCAGAGAUGUUGUGAUUCCAACACUGGGCCCGACACCAGAACGAGCUAAAGUAACGUCAAUGCUCACCAUCGAUGGUUCGCCCGUUGAGCCGUCGUGGAACUUCCAACAGGACUCAAACAUUGUGCGAUACAGCUUCGAACCUCUCUGGGACAAUGCAGGGACUCCAGAAAACCCAUUCCCAGGCGACCUGAUGCCCACCUUGUCCCCUCUUCUUCGCUAUGUCUCCGACGACGCCGACCUCCGGUGGUUCAACCAGGUAUGGGACGCCUGGAAUGUCACAGGCCAGGAAGCUCAGGCGGCAAAGGCCAAGCUGCCACCGCACAAGAGCCGCAUUCCGCAGGUUUUCUUUGCGUUUGACUUGAAGAGAGAGAAGUGCUCCCUCAAGGCAUACGUCUUUCCCAUACUCAAGCACCUCGCCACGGGUCUGAGCACAAAGCAGCUCGUGUUCGACCAGAUUCGCAGCCUCCAGCCGUAUGGUGAUGCCUUCGCCGUUCCUGCCGCCAAGCUAGAGAGGUUCAUGGACACAUAUUCCCCAGGCUGCACUGCGGUGAUGAUAGCUGUCGACUGCAUUGACCCCUCAAAGGCACGAUUCAAGAUCUACUGCGGAGUGAAUUCGAACUCCAAAUCUGUCGUCCGCGAGAUGAUGACGCUUGGUGGCGCACAGACAGACGAUAUAAGUCUGAAGGGGGUCGAGCAGGCCCUGAAGAUCUGGCACCUGUUGCUCGACGAGAGGGACGGUCUUGCUGAUGACCAGGCCAAGGCCCCUCGUGACCCCCAGCACCAACACACCCGGCACCUACUUCGUCUUUGA